CUUUGCAAACGCCCUCCUUGGCGCGAAUAGGCCGUACCUAGGUAAUCCGGCAUCAAACGCUAACCGAAUGCGGAUCUCAAGGUUCGCAACCACGUGUGAGCGCGUAUUCGAAACCCUGGGAGAGUUCCGCUGCAGCCCCUCGUUCACCCACACAGCUCCCUCCCUCAACUACUUGGCGCGUUCUUCGCGGCCCUUCCCGCUGUUGUCUCUUACUCAUUGUUGAGCCCAACCCCCACCAUCUCACCAGCUACACUUCAAGAGCAUCGCAACACCAGCGGACGGGAGCUGUAUCAACGCGCUAUCUUCUGCUGCUACCAGUAUGACUGCCAGUACCCAGAAGUACCUUCUAGAAGCAUGGGCCAAGGAAAUUGAUCAUGUCAUCGAUGACAACAACUCCCCCAAGGCCGAGUUCGCGCGCUUGGCGAAGGCAAAGGGAUGGACCGGCGGUGAUGUGGAUUGGUGUCAUCACUGGAAAGCGUGUUUCAACGAGACAUACGCAUGGGGUAUCCGUAAUAAGUCAACAACAACCCAUAGGGCUGUAGUUAAGCACAUCACUGCUCAAGCUGGUGCGCUCGAUCUCACAGACCGUAUGCGAAGUCUCUCCAUUGGUUCGGAUGCGUCGUCUUUCUCGGUCAUCUCACGUACCUCAUGGGCAGAUUCUUUCGAAAGUGUGAGGUCAAUCAACAGCGACCAGCUACACGAAGCCGAGAAUAGCACCGACUUACAAACCAGCGUACUGUCUCUAGAUACGGUCAAGUCCCUGGAGGAGAUUUCUGGAGGCGUUGAGAUCCCGGACACGGCUACAGAGCACAGUGAUGCUGAGUCAGAGGCUUCAUCGCUAGAGUUGGACGAAAACCCAGCGUGGGGUGAAUACACCAACUUCGUGCACCGCCCGAGUGCCUCCUUCAAGUUAGAGUUCGAACGCCUAGCUCGCACCAAAGGCUGGGUGGGACGUAUCAAACGUCAGCACCUAGUCGAGCUGCUCACUAGCGAGGUUGAGUUCUACUGGGGUGCGGACGACGUUGACAAGCUUGAAUAUUACCAGUUCCUAUGUCAAAAAAUGGACAUCAAGCAGAUGCCUUUGUCUGUUACACAGGCAAAGAACGCUCUUCGGCCUCUCAAAGUCAAUCUUUAUAGCGUCAUCGACCACAUGCGCAACCCGAAGAUCGAGAUCAUCACAUACAAGACCAUCCAUGAGCUUCGCCAAAGCGUCCGCAAGAAGGGCACCUUUCCGAGGCAAUGUGCUAAGGCUGGUGAAGGCUGCAUGGCUGCUUUGCUGUCUAAAUUGUAAUUGCAAUGAUCAACUUAGAUCUGCAAGGGUAAUC